UUGACAUUUAUGGAUGUGGCCAUAGAAUUCCCUUUGGAGGAGUGGCAAUGCCUGGACACUGCACAGCAGAAUUUAUAUAGGCAUGUGAUGUGAGAGAACUACAGAAACCUGGUUUUCUUGGACCUGAUUACCUGUCUGGAGCAAGGAAAAGAGCCCUGGAAUAUGAAGAGACAUGAGAUGGUAGCUAAACAUUUAGUUAUGUUUUAUUAUUUUGCCCAACACCUUUGGCCAGAGCAGAACAUAAGAGAUUCUUUCCAGAAAGUGACCCUAAGAAGAUAUAGAAAAUGUGGAUAUGAGAAUUUACAGUUAAGAAAAGGCUGUAAAAGUGUGGUUGAGUGUAAACAGCACAAAGGAGAUUAUAGUGGACUUAACCAAUGUUUGAAAACUACCUUGAGCAAAAUAUUUCAAUGUAAUAAAUAUGUAGCAGUUUUCCAUAAAAUUUCAAAUUCAAAUAGACACAAGAUGAGACAUACUGAAAAUAAACAUUUUAAAUGUAAAGAAUGUCGCAAAACAUUUUGCAUGCUUUCACACCUAACUCAACAUAAAAGAAUCCAAACUAGAGUGAAUUUCUACAAAUGUGAAGCAUAUGGAAGAGCCUUUAACUGGUCCUCAACCCUUAAUAAACAUAAGAGAAUUCAUACUGGAGAAAAACCUUACAAAUGUGAAGAAUGUGGCAAAGCCUUUAACCAGACCUCACACCUUAUUAGACAUAAGAGAAUUCAUACUGAAGAGAAACCCUACAAAUGUGAAGAAUGUGGCAAAGCCUUUAACCAGUCAUCGACACUUACUACACAUAAUAUAAUUCAUACUGGGGAAAUUCCCUACAAAUGUGAGAAAUGUGUUAGAGCUUUUAACCAAGCCUCAAAGCUUACUGAACGUAAGUUAAUUCAUACCGGAGAGAAACGUUAUGAAUGUGAAGAAUGCGGCAAAGCUUUUAACUGA